UCCACCAAGAGCCGGAGCUCGGGACCCAGCCCAGACUCUAGGGCAACAGUUCGCCACGCUGUCCCUGGUCAUCGCCAGAGCCAUGAAGAUGCAUUUCUGCAUCCCGGUGUCCCAGCAGCGGCCAGACUCGCUGGGGGGCCGCUACGUGCAGUACUCCGUGUACCUGGACGGGUUCCUCUUCUGCAAGGUACGCUACAGCCAGCUGCACCGCUGGAACGACCAGCUGAGACGAGUGUUCGGAAACUGCCUGCCCCCUUUCCCACCAAAGCACUACCUGGCAAUGACCGCCACCAUGGCUGAAGAGAGGAGGGACCAGCUGGAGCGAUACCUGCAGAAUGUAACUGCGGACCCUCGUGUGGCGAGAAGCGAUGUCUUCACCCAGUUCUUAACACUGGUGCAGAUGCACACAUUGAACAUCACCACCCAGAAAACCGCUCUGGCUGUAUUUCUGCCCAAUGGAAGGAGCCUUAACGUGGAGGUUCUAACGUCGGAUACAGCUGAAAAGGUUCUCGAGGUGGUGGCGCACAAACUCGGACUGUAUCCAGAACUCUUGGGCUACUUUGGCCUUUUUCUCAUCCGGUGUUUCCCGGAGGGCAAGAUCUCUGUUGUGAAGAAGCUGGCUGACUUUGAGCUGCCGUCCACUAGUCUUCAGAGUUCUGAGCUGGAAGGCUGUAAGAUAGGACUCAGAAAGUGGUACCUGGACCCGGCCCUGGACUCUCUUCUGAUGGACUGCAGAGCAGCUGGAGACCUGCUGUACAUGCAGGCAGUACAGGACAUUGAAAUAGAAUGGGUGAAACCCACACAGGCUCAGAGGGAGGAACUAAAGGCACUCCAGGAGAAAGAGAAUCAAACAAAGUUUCUGGAGCUGUCCCAGGAGGUCCGGCACUAUGGGUACAUUCAGCUGGAUCCCUGCACCUGCAACCACCCGGAACCUGGCUGUGGGGCUGUCCUUUCCAUCGGCAACAACGAGAUCAGCUGCUGUGUGACCCUGCCUGACGGCCAGACCCGGGACAUUGCUUUCCAGAUGAGCGCAGUGAAGUGCUGGCAGGUCACCUUCCUCGGAACUCUGCUGGAUACAGACGGGCCCCAGCGAACUCUCAACCAGAACUUAGAGCUGAGAUUUCAGUACAGUGAAGAUAGUCGCCAGCCAUGGUUUGUUGUUUACAGCAAACAGGCUUUUUUCCUGAGUAGCUGCCUGAAGAAGAUGAUCUCAGAGAAGAUGACGAAGCUCUCUGAGGAGAAUCCAGAAAUGCAGAUCGAGGUUCCGGAACAAGACAGAAGUAAGAAGCAGCUGAGUCAGCACAAGGACUAUUUUAAUUUUCUGAGAAAGAGCAAGAUGAAGAAAGAUGAAGAUGAAUGUGUUUGGGGGACCCUCGCGGAAGGUUCUGUGGCCUACCAGUCUGCUGGCAUGUUGUUCCUUGGGUGGCAGGCUGGCUUCUCUCCAGACUCUGCCUUCGUCUUUCCUGUCUCUCUCCUUGGAUUUCCCACUUGCCUCUAAGCUGUCUUGCCAUAGGCCAAAGCAGCUUGUUUAUUAACCAAUGGGAACAACAUACAUUUACAGCGUACAGAAAGACAUCCCCCAGCACACCAGUCCAGGAAAACAUGGCUUCUCUGACCUAUCCAAGAGCAAGAAGAGGUGGUAAAAUUCUGAUCUGCUUCUUCGCUUACUCCUGAGUCUAAUUCAGAUGACCCCAAAGUGAUAGCUGCCCUGGCCUGAGUCCCCCCACUGCAUGGUUGUUCCCACUCUUUUUUGUUUGUUUGUUUUUGUUUUGUUGUUUGUUUGUUUUUCCCAGACAAGAUUUCUCUUUGUAGCCUUGGCUACCUAUCCUGGAACUCGCUCUGUAGAACAGGCUGGCCUUGAACUCACAGAGAUUGUAUUCCACUCUUAGGCUGGAUCCUGGACCUGGAGAAAUGGCUCAGUAGUUAAGAACACUUGCUGCUUUUGUAGAGGACCUGGGUUCAAUUCCCAUAACGCACAUGAUAGCUCACAACCACCUGCAACUCCAGCUCCAGAGGAUCCAACAUCUACUGGCCUCCCCUGGCACCCAUUCCUAUGUGGCACGCGUGCGCGCACGCGCACACACACACACACACAAAAACAAAAUUCUAUCCAAUAAUCUCAGCUUUACAAAUGUGUGUUUUUUUUCACACUAUUUUUUCCUUAUACAGCUUCUGGUAUACCAUAGUAAUUAACAUAAUUAUGUAUGUUAUUAUUAAGAUUAAGAGCAAAGUAAAGAGGGGAAGAUGAAUAUGCAAAAGUAACUGGGUAAGAGUGUAAUAUGUUCUGUUCUGAAUUAGCUAAUUACAAAAUAAAUAUAAAAUCUAAUGAAUAUGAA